AUGGCAGCUGGACAGUUUACUAAUACGCAUGUUUGUUCUUAUGCCCAGGGCCAGCUAACUGCCACGCUGCUAACCUCAGUGGUGGCAGCGGUGUUUGGCUCACUGCAGAUUGGAUAUCACACUGGCAAUUUAAACUCCCCAGCAAGAAUCAUCGAGGAAUUCUUUAAUGUGACAUGGAAAUCCAGGAACAACGAGGCCAUGCCAGACCACACUCUCACAUUACUGUGGUCUCUGUCAGUCAGCAUCAAGGAUUUUGGAGCCCUGCUGGGGUCACUGGGGGUCAAAAGCCUUGCGAGUUCAUAUGGAAGGAGGAACCCUAUUCUUAUUGGCAAUGCUUUGUCUAUAGUGGGGGUCAGUCUGAUGUUCCUCUGCAAGGCAGCUAAGUCUUUUGAACUUUUCAUUCUAGGCCGCUUUAUUUUUGGCCUGUUUUGUGGACUGACGAUGUGUUUAAACCCGGUAUACAUCCAAGAAAUUUCCCCAAUUAACCUUCGUGGUGCCUUUGCAUCCCUCAAUCAAGUUUCUUUUGCUUCUGGCAUUUUACUGGGAAUGAUAGUGGGCUUGGAGACAGUGUUGGGGACAGAGAACUACUGGACAUUUAUGCUGUCCCUCUCCCUUAUACCUGCAAUCCUUCAAUAUAUGAUCCUACCUUUCUGCCCUGAGAGCCCACGAUACCUUUUUAUCAACUGUGGCAAAGAGAAGGAGGCAAAAGCUGCCUUAAGUAGGCUGAGACGAAACCCUGACAAGAUCACUGAGGAACUGAAGGAAAUGACGGAGGAAGCGUCCCACAUAGAAGCAAGACUAAGAGUCAAAGAAUUCUUUACAAAACAAUGCUACAGACAGCCGAUGAUCCUUAUCCUAAUGACAAGCCUGGGGAGCCAGUUAUCUGGAUUUAAUGCGGUAAUUAAUUAUUCAACUAAAAUAUUCACCAAGGCAAAAUUUAAUGAAGCUGAAUACCUGACGCUGGGCGUAGGAGUCAUCAAUGUAGCAUUCACCAUAGUGGCUGUCUUUCUGGUGGAGAGGGCUGGGCGUAGGAAGCUGCUCCUUACUGGCUUCAUGUCAUUAGCUAUAUGUAAUUUACUCAUGACCCUCACAGAUUCCAUGCUGAAUAUAGUGCCAGAGAGCCGUGGUUUUCAGGUUCUGGUGAUGUUCCUCCUGAUCUCAGCCUAUGAGUUGGGACCUGGGCCAAUUUCUUGGUUUAUUGCUGCUGAGCUUGUCGACCAGUCGGCCCGACCCAUCGCCAUGGCUUUCGUCAGCUUAAUUAACUGGGGUGGAAAAUUUCUUCUUGCGCUUCUUUUUCCGGAAUUAUGGAAACUGUGUGGCGCCUAUGUCUAUCUGAUCUUUAUGUUAAUGGCCUUGGUGGCAUUUACUUACACAAUGAUUCGCCUCCCAGAAACCAAGGGCCGUACUUUCGAUGACAUUGCUGCAGAAUUUCGGGGGGCUGAGAAGAUCCUCAUGCAUGACAAGACAAGUUUUAAUACAUUUUCCUGA